AUGGCCGAGACCGGGCAGGGGCCGGCGGCGGGGCCGCAGCUCAACGCGCUGCCCGACCACUCGCCGCUGCUGCAGCCCGGCCUGACCGAGCUGCGGCGCGGGGCCCUGGAGGCGGGCGUCCCGCACGCGCCGCUGCCGCUCAGCGACGCCUUCCUGCUGCGGUUCCUGCGCGCCCGCGACUUCGACCUGGACCUGGCCUGGCGGUUACUAAAAAACUAUUAUAAGUGGAGAGCAGAAUGCCCAGAAAUAAGUGCAGAUCUACACCCUAGAAGUAUUCUUGGCCUUCUGAAGGCUGGCUACCACGGAGUCCUGAGAUCCAGGGACCCCACUGGCAGCAAAGUUCUUAUCUACAGAAUCGCACACUGGGACCCAAAAGUUUUUACAGCUUACGAUGUAUUUCGUGUAAGUCUAAUCACAUCCGAGCUUAUUGUACAGGAGGUAGAAACUCAACGGAAUGGAAUCAAGGCUAUCUUUGAUAUGGAAGGUUGGCAGUUUUCCCAUGCCUUUCAAAUUACCCCAUCUGUAGCCAAGAAGAUUGCUACAGUACUUACAGAUUCCUUUCCAUUGAAAGUUCGUGGCAUCCAUUUGAUAAAUGAACCAGUAAUUUUCCAUGCUGUCUUUUCCAUGAUUAAACCAUUCCUGACUGAAAAAAUUAAAAAUCGGAUUCAUAUGCAUGGGGACAAUUACAAACAAAGCUUACUUCAGCACUUCCCAGACAUUCUUCCUCUGGAAUAUGGUGGUGAAGAAUUCUCCAUGGAGGACGUUUGUCAGGAGUGGACAAAUUUUAUAAUGAAGUCUGAAGAUUAUCUCAGUGGCAUUUCUGAGACUAUUCAGUGAGAAGAAGUUAUUUCAUGUAAAUAGCUUUCUAAUUAAAAAUACAUGAAUGAGAGAUCCUACCUGGUUAUAUAAAUGAAAGAAAAAAAAGCAAAUAUUUUAAACUAAUAAAUUCUUGUCUGAUCUUUAAAAAUAUAAAAAUAUGCUGACAUGAGCAACAUGGGUAUUUGGGAAGCUUUUUUUCUUUUUUAUUUUUUUUUUCUGAUUUUUGCACUUGAAGAAAUAACAUGAAAGUUAUUUCUGAAGUAGCUGUUAUUGUGCAUCUUUGUUUCUAGAAAGUUUCAUUUUAAACAAGUUCUCUAAUUACACUGGUAUAGUAACAAAUUUAAAAAUAGUAACUUAAAAGAUGUAUCAGCACAAAUCAACUGAUUAUAAAAAACCAUUAACACUCAUUUUUUGGGGGGUCAGAUUAGAUUAUAAUUCAGAUUAAAAUGUGAAUACAGCUUUACAGUUAUUUCUGCAGGCUAGCAAGGCAGUUCAUCUCAGGGAAAUGCUAUUUUAGCACAUUUGCACAAUACAAACUUUUUUUUUUUAUUUCAGCAUAUUAUGGGGGUACAAAUUUUAAGGUUUCAAAAAAUGCCCUUUCCCCCCUCCCCCCAAAUACAAACUUUUUAUUAUUGAAGAGUCUAUAUGCCAUACUAUAGAUAUUCAUCUAUAGGCCUCUACGGAAUUAUUCAUGUUGAUAUAACUGAUUAACAAAAAUAAUUCAGAAAAUAUAUCAGGCACAGUUGAUGGCUUCUCAGCUCUGUUUUGCAUUUUUAAACAAAUCAAGAAUGUAAUUUUGACUUUUGUUUAUGGUUAUUCUUAUGACUACACAGAGAUUUACAGAUGGAAUAAUAUUUAGUUGUCUUAUACAUGGACUAUUUUUAGUUAAACAAUAAUACAACUACACAAAGGAAAGACAAUGUUUACAUUUUUAAAAUCAUUGUUAAUUAUAUCUGGUAUUUUUCAGAUUAUGCAUGGAAUAAUUUGAGUUUUACUAUUAUAUCAGAAGAUUCCAAACAAAUCCCAUAAUUUGUACUAACUUAAAAAAAUUAGUAGUUAAAACUUGCUGUUUGUUCUGUAGUUUAUGUCAAAGAGUAUUUCAUUUAUUGAGAAAGAUAUAAUCUCAGUCUUCACAUAGCUUUCAAUUAUGACAUAAUUUUUAUACUUAGCAGUUUAUAAUUUCUUAAUUUUCUUUUAAACUUGGAAAUGAAAGUAUGUGGGGUAUAAAACUUGUUGAACUUUUGUUCAGCUAGUUGGGUUUCAAUAUUAAUCACAUAUAGUAAUAGUAUCUUUGUGCAAGGAUAUGUGAAGGGUAUUUUUCUUUAUAAGAAAAUUAGUUUAAUCAGGUGAGCUGAUACUUAUGAUUCUCUGUACAUGUAUUAUAACAAAAUUGAGAGUAAUUGUGGAUGUUCUUUAGAGAACGUGUUUGAUUUUGAUUUAGCAUUGGGAAGCUAACUUAACAACAUUACAAUUUUAUUUUAAUUUUUUU